AUGGAAGAGGGUGAUAGCACAUUAUCUCAAUCUCGUGCCUUUUAUACUCCUCUCAUUCGAGCUACCCUAGAAGAUGACUGGAAAGCUGCUGAAGCUUUUAGUCAGAAAAAUCGAAAGAUUCGAAUUAACUGCCUUGGAGCCGCCAUAACAAAAGAGGAAGGGACAGCUCUUCACUUUGCUGCAGCUGCAAAACGCACCCGUUUUGUAAAAAAACUCGUGAAAUUGAUGACAAAAAAAGAAUUAGAAUUGACAACCAACGGAAACUACACGGCCCUUUAUUUUGCUGCCCAAUCAGAAGUCGUUACAAUUGCAGAAGAGAUGGUGAAAAAGAACAAAAAUCUACCAUUGAUCCCCAAGGAUGACAUCAAAGCUUUACCACUAUACGUGGCAAUAAUGACUGGAAAUAGAGACAUGGUGUCGUAUUUAUACUCUGUGACUCCAAUUGAAGACUUGGCUUCUAUGGAUCCCAGUCAGCUCCUUAUCGCUACUAUUUCCACUUAUUUGUAUGGUAUGUAUGUCCUACGUACGCAUCAAUACUUGUGA